CCAAUGAACGCGGCUGGGCGGUUCUCACUGUGCCGGAGAAAGAAAGACUCUUCCAUGCACAGCCGUUAGUCGCCAUUUUGAGAAGUUCGACCUGCGAUUACCUUUAGGAGGCAGUUGUUAGGCAAACUUAAAACGUUUUGGGUAUUUCAGUAAUAGUUUUCGCUGAUAUAAGAAUCAAUGUCUCGAUUUAACAAUAAUCGCGGCGGGAUGAAUCAGUUCCAGCCACGCAGAGGCGCUGGGCCCGGCGGGCCGAUACGGGGUGGACUAAUGGGAAACCCAAAUUUUAGGAACCAUCCCUUUCAAAAUCAGAACCAAAAUCGGAGGGGGGCGAAUAAUAACUUAACUAGACCGCCAAAUCAGGGACCACAGACGACUCCACAGAAACCACAACAGAACCAGUCGAUGCCUAUCAUCCCUCCGCCGAGUCCCGGCCCGGCUCUCACGAUGAAAGGCCCGAUGCAGCAGCCGCAGCCACAGCAGCAGCAGCAGCAGAAACCGGCUCAGCAGGAGCAACGGAAACCGACAACCCCUGCGCCUCAGCCGAAGAUUCAGUCCCCACCACCGAAACCUAACAUGAUCCCCCCUCAACCCAACCAGGCCAACAAGAACCAGAAUCAGAACCAGCAACUGAAGUCACCGGUAGGAAACGCUAACGGACAGCAGCAGAAGCAGCCUCCACAUCCGAGCCCGAAGGCCGGUCCACAGCCGGGCCAGAGGAUAGGCCCCCAACAAGGCCAGAGGCCAGGGCCGCCGGAUAUGAAGCCCAAACUGGAGCGCGAUGAGCCGGAGAAAAGGGCCACAAACCCGGUUGCAGCGGGGUCAGGCGGGAACGUGCCACAGCAGGGGUUUAAGGCACCGCUGUCCAUGCUGCUGAAACCCGGUGAGAAGACAUACACGCAGCGGUGUCGUCUGUUCAUCGGUAACCUGCCCAGCGACAUCACCGAGGAACAUUUCAAGAAACUGUUUGCAAAAUAUGGGGAGCCAAGCGAGGUCUUCAUCAACAAAAGCAAAGGCUUUGGUUUCAUCCGAUUGGAGUCCCGUGCACUUGCAGAGAUAGCAAAGGCAGACUUGGAUGACACACCAAUGAAAGGCAGACCUCUGCGUGUCCGGUUUGCCACACACUCUGCAGCCCUGUCUGUGAAGAAUCUGUCACCGUUUGUUUCCAACGAGCUCCUGGAAGAAGCGUUCUCACAGUUUGGAAUGGUCGAGAGGGCCAUUGUCAUUGUAGAUGAUCGUGGGCGUUCCACAGGCAGGGGCAUUGUUGAAUUUGCGUCCAAACCUGCUGCCAGAAAAGCCCUGGACCGGUGCAAUGAGGGCGUAUUCCUGCUCACCACGUCACCCAGGCCUGUUAUUGUUGAGCCUCUGGAGCAGUUUGACGAUGAAGAUGGUCUCCCAGAGAAAUUGGCACAGAAGAACCCCAGAUAUCAAGCAGAGCGUGAGGAACCUCCUCGAUUUGCUCGCCCAGGCACUUUCGAAUUUGAGUACUCGAAGCGCUGGAAGUCGCUAGAUGAAAUGGAGAAGCAGCAGAGGCAGCAGGUGGAGAAGAACAUGCGUGAGGCCCGUGAGAAGCUCGAAAGUGAGAUGGAGGAUGCCUAUCAUGAGCACCAGGCUAAUCUCCUCCGACAAGAUCUACUGAGGCGCCAGGAGGAGCUGCGGCGCAUGGAAGAGUUGCACAGUCAGGAGAUGCAAAAGAGGAAGGAGAUGCAACUCAGACAAGAGGAAGAGCGACGCAGACGGGAGGAGGAGAUGCUUCGUAAGAGGGAGAUGGAAGAACAGAUGCGCCGUCAACGUGAGGAGAACUACAGGAUGGGCAACUUCAUGGAUAGGGACAGGGAAAUGAGAAUGAAUCCCAGUGGAGCUUUGGGCAUGGGUGAUAUGCCCUUUGGUGCAUCCAACCAGAAGUUCCCCAUGAGCGGAAUGGGCUUUGAGGGACAGCAGGGAAUGGGAUCGUCCUCAGGAGGCUUGAUGGGCAACGAAAUGCGCAAUGAGCGCUUUGCCCAGGGUGGUCCUAGGGGAAUGGGUCCUGGUAACCCCGGGUACGGCAGGGUCCGUGAGGAGUUUGAUGGUCCGUCUAAGAAACCCCGUUUUUAAAUCCUGCUUUUUUGAUGCUCCCAGCAGCAACAUAUGUAUAGAUUCUCCAAAACAAACAUGUUGAGUCGCAUUUCUUGUAUUUAAGUUUAAGUUUCAAUUGUUGCUGCAUUUUAGCCUGACAAUUUGCUCAUUUUAUGACAAAGUCAAUAUUUUCAUUUUUUUAUUUUGUAUUGUCAGUAGUAUGGAAAGGUAGGUCACCCUCAUGUGAUCCGUUAGUUCUUUCUGACCCAUGUACAAUUUUCUUUUCUAGAUGUAUUAUGCUCUGUGAGUCGUCGUGAAGUGAUACUUGUAACAUUUUUCUCAACUUUCUAUGGCUGUGUUUUGUGCCAUACAUUUGGAGUAAAAGCAUGUAUUAUAAUAAAGACAAAUUGGUUCUAUCAGGA